UAUGAACAGAAACAAAGUAUUUAAAGCCAAAAUAUACCGACAUGUAGUAUUUUCAUUAAAAUCAACAAACCAAAAGAGUCGAGAAGUGUGGAAUCAUGGUACAGAAAUUUUGCAAACGGGGCGUUUACUCCGGUAAUACGCUCCGAGCAUCUAAUAGUCUGUAUAGACGUCGCUAUGCCAAACAAGCAUGUGUCGUCAGAAAAAUGUUCAACCAAGGUAGCAAUGUGACGUCAGAAAUCUUCCCCAGCAUGCUUGGCGUGAACGCUGACGAUGUUGUGUUUUCGCUCAACAAGAAACGCAGAUGGGCACUCUCAGCGUGUAUACAGCGAGCAAUAUCAUCGGCAUCUUCUGGCGACGUAUCCAACAGACUCGUCCUCUUUGAGAAACAUAAACUAAAACGACACGCCGACUGUAUUGCCUUUUACUCCAAUAAGGGAAGCAGAAAAAGGCUGGUACCCAAGACUGGUAGAUAUUUUAGCGAGAAAUCUGUCCUGAACUGUGACACCCGUUCAAAGAGGAACAGGAAGAAGAAUAAGACAAUUACACCUGCUAAUGGCGAGGACAAUAAGUUAGACAGGAGUCAAGAACCCGUUCCUGAAGUUCGCUACGAAAUAUUUUAUCCUUGUGCAACCAAAAGUUCUAUCGCUCACAAUCCAAAGUACAUCACCAGUUCCGUUGGACUGACUGAGAAUGGAGACAACCACCCGGAGGUUGGGAAGUCGAGGAAGACCCGGGUUAAGAAGAGGAGGGUGAGACUGAGUUGGAAGAACAUCAGCGAUUUGAUUGACGACUAUGAACUGGAGAACGUUAACGAUGAUGAUGUGCUAGAGGUUGAAGAUAUUUCCAUCCAGGAAGAGAAGACAACGUAUGCUUAUGAACCGCUUUGCUUAUCACAGUAUAUAACUGGUUCUCCAUCCAAGAAAUCCCGAAAAUCUUCCAAGAAUGAAAAGUCAAGCAUCAGCAAUGAUAUCUAUCCCGUACUGGACUCAAAACCAAGACGAAUAAUUUACACGCAAGAUAACGCUGGUUUCAGCUAUCGACCAGAAGAAAUGUCGAAUAAUGAAAAGGGUAAAGGACUGUAUAAUGUGAUAAAAUCACCACUGUCUGUUCCUAUAACUGUAAAUCUCCCUGCAGAUAACAUAGAACCACAGUUUCUGGAGCAAACAUAUGGCGAGAAUUAUUAUGAAGCGAAAACGAUACCAAGAACAUUUAUCAUUGACAUUUCAGAAAACCUUAAAAACUUUCUGAAAACAUCUCCAAUUUUCAAGAAUAUUUCUGCCCAAGACAUCGACGUUUCUUCUUAUCUCGUAUUCACAUACACCGGAUUGUGUCACAAUGAGAUGCAUGCUUUCAGAGUCAAACUAAAUGCCAGUCUAAACAUGGACGUCAUUGCCCUGAACACUAUGUAUGAUGAUAAAUCCAUUUCGUCUAUUUCGGACGUCAUUGAAAGAACAUUAGCGUUCUACUGUACACUGUCUGAAGAUACACUGUCGGUACGUAAAUCACCUUUGUGCUAUCAAUUCGCUUCGCCAAAACUCAAAUUUGAUCUUGUAAAAUCUGCAAACAAGUGGCACGCCGAAGGAGCUUUUCCAGCCGGAUGCCAGUUUCGUUCUGAAUUAACCGAGCAGCAAACCGAAAAUACGAACAUCUGCAAUGAAGAUACUGUCUUUUGCCAAAUAUGCUUUGAGGAAAUGUGUGUUCAAGGCGGUAAGCCCUUUACGGCUCUAAGCACAUGCAAACACUGGUUCUGCGACGGAUGUUGGAGACAAUACCUUCUGAACAGUGUAAAUUAUUCUGGUUUGCUCAGAAUUAGAUGCCCAGAGUACGGGUGCGAGACUGUAGUAGACAUAACCACCAUGUUGAGUUUCCUCAACAUCCGAAACAUCAACCAUUUACACCAACGCAAUGUGAGCAUCAAUGUACAAGCAUCGCAGAACAAGAAGUGGUGCCCUUUUCCCGACUGCGGACGUGUCCUGGUGACGUCUGCCACUACCGGUGACGUCGCCACUGUUCCGACAAGCAUGACGUGUGGCUGUGGGACAUCACUGUGCUUUAAAUGCAUGCAGGCAGCUCAUUGGCCGGCAUCGUGCGAGCAGAUCAAGCUCUACAAAGAAGAAAUACUGAAACAGAAAGACUACAGAAAGCUCUUCUACCACGAUGAAGAGUUAUUCGAAGAGGCUACCACUUUCGUUGAGGUCCAAGGCAAAAGUUGCCCACGGUGUUCUUACUUUAUCGAAAAAGACGGAGGGUGUCCCCAUAUGUUCUGUCCUUGCGGCGUUGCAUUCUGUUGGACAUGUCUUCGAGAAUGGGACAUUGACAAUGGACAUACAUGUUUGAAAACUAAUCCAUCUGAAAAAAAGAAAAGCUUUUUCUUUGAUAAUAUUGAUCGCGAUAAAGAAUCUAACAUAUCAACUUCAACUCUCUAUCGUUUGGCCGUCGAUCGAAGAUUAGCCAGACACCCCAGCACUGUGAAUAAACUUAGAUCAGGCAGCAGGGCCCUUGCCAAGAGUCUAAAUAAUAUUGCUGCUAAAGACGUAGCUAUGAGGACGUUGAUUGAAGAAAAUUCCGGUUCGUUGAAGAUUCAGACAACGGUCUUGAAUAAACUUUACUACAUCAUGCGAACUAUACUUGGAGUAAAGAUCGAGGUCGACCACGUUAUCGAGUUCACUGCGGUGUUGUUACUCGAUGGCACAAUGAAACGAAAACAGCAGAAGUUGUUAUCACUAAUGUCCGGACUUGGUGACAUUUCAUCGGAGUUUAAAAGUAUAUUGGAAAAUGGGAAAAAUCAAAAAGUCACUUACUCCUUCACCCGUUUGUUUAAACUGCAGGAGAGAGCAAGCAUAAACAUUGCAAUAUUAAGUAAAAUCAUAUAUGAAUAAAUAUAUAUAUAUAAUAAAAACAAAAACAACAAAAAACAUUGCAAUGGACAGGGUAUGCAGUUCUGAUCCGGCCACAGUUGUUCUAAUCUUAACAAAUGGUUUGAGUUUUAAUAAUAAAAUAUUCUAACAGUUUUUAAAUCAGUGCAAAUAGUGAUUGAUGAAAUAUGGUUGAAAAUUAAUUUGCAACUACCUCAUGUAACCAUAAGUGAUCAGUUUGAAAUUAUAAAUAUAAAAAAUAAAUAUAAUAUUUCUCCAACUCUCAAUUACCCUAUAUGUGCUAUGACGCCCCUCAGACAAAAAAAGAUAAUCUCAAUUUGAUUUUAGGUGAUCUCCAAUUGCGGAUCCAAGGGGACUUAAAAAUAUUCACGUGUCCUUUGUUUUCCUUCUUGUUUUUUCUACUGGGAUUCCCUUUUGACGAGUUGACCCAUGUGCCCGUUUCUCGUUAGACCCCCACCCUCCUCCACCCCCGACAUCAUAUUUCCAGGAUCAGCCUCUGAUGUAUUAAUUAUUAUAAAGUGAAAAUAUAUACAUAUAAUGUCCAUAAUUAAUUAAUCUACACCAGUAUUUCUCAGCCUAGACGGUUUUCCCAAGAUGGACUUUUUUGUGUUACAUGUCAGAUGGUAAACUCAAAUGGGUUGGGAGGUAGAACGCGCUUAAAGUUUUCAAACAUGCUAGUUAACAUAACCACUAUAAUGAUAUAGUAAUUUGUUGACAUUAGGUUGUUUUAUUAUUACUACGGUUGAUUUUUGUUUAUUUAAACCAUUGUUAACUUAACAGUAUCCACGUAAUUAAUGUUCAGUGAAACAAAAGGUAGGGCAUGGAGGGUUUGCCGACAAAGGAUGAGAAACACUGAACUUCAAUAAAAAUUUUUUUAUAUAAUUCUAGAUGUUUGUUUUGGGGCGUGUUUUUAAUUUAUUUAUUUUAUUAUUAUAUAUAUUUUUUGAGGGUGGGGGUGGGUGGUAGUUGUUGUUU